GUGAAUUUUCGGGUACAAUGGUACAAUUGUGCGGCUCGUGCUUAAAAAUUGAGCGAGUGUAGUUACAAUUCGUCGACAUGAAAUAAUCACUGGCGCUUCAAGACUGGGUAGAAGUGGUGCAAGUUUCGGAAAUAGAUGUUAAUGAGCUUUGCUUACGUGAUUCCAAACGGUCGAAAAAAAAGCUACCCGAACAAACGACAACAGCAUUAUCGAGUUUCCAGGGGAAAACAAAUUGCGAGUUCAGUGGCCUUAGUUCAAAAAACCGACGAAUACGUUUAAUUUAACGUCACCUGACGGAAAUGGAGCAAAGUAUAAGAUUAAUUGAAUUUUAAUGCAAUUGUCUGCUCAGAGUAUGGUGGUUUCCCUCACUGAAAGAGGAAAGAUUCGCUUAUCUCGCUGUUGAUGACAGAGACGUGACCGAUGUGGCGUUUGUGACUAAUUGAAUUACCGGUGAUUUAUCGAAGCAUCCAUUGGAAGCCGUUCAGCUGUUGCUCCGGGGUGGCAGCUUUCUCGAUAAGAAUAUCAUAUUACAGGUUUCACUGUUUACAGACGUUUAGCUAAAGACGCUUGUCAUCUUGUCAUGCUGAUACCAUCGAUACCUUCACGAAAAUCUUCCAUCUCGCUUGAGUGACAGUGUUCUGUGAAUCAAUCAAAUCAAAUCAGUGUAGUGUUAAGAAACCCCUCUAGACUAGAAGCAAACCCAACAAUCAGCAUCAUUCCCCACACCCAGCAGCCGGCGACGGUGCAUGAGUUCCGGUAAAGGUGGAUAGCCCUGGACAAAGCCGGCAACCAAACGCGGCAUUGGAAUGUCGUAAAAGCAAGCCGGACGCCAUCGUAGUAGAAAAGGCAAUAGCAUCAGCAUCAACAGCCACGGCUUCAUCAGCACGGCAGCAGCCAAAAAUUGCAAUCACACAGCUAAAGUCGCUCACAAGUUGCACCACCACCACCACCACUACUAUUAACACAACUGCAACUGCUGCUCUUGCCAGCGCCACCAGCACCACUGCUACAGAGGAGGACGCCACUUCGGGUCAGCUUGUCAGUUCCAGAGGAAUAUGCACUUUGAGGGUGAAGAUUUUCCUCAUCAAACAUCUUUCUAAGCUAGUCGCGUGCAACAAGAAGAUGUUCCUGCCAGUGAAAUCCAAUACAUCUCCAGUAGCCAACGAUGGAACAAAUGGAGAAGAUGUCACCACUGUAACCAGCAACUCGACGCAGACACCGAGCGACCUCAGCCCGCCAAACAUGUCCGGCGACGACAUACUGCCGCAAGCACACCACCAAAAUCCGGGCCAUUGCAUAGCAUCGUUCUCGGCAAUUAACCGCAUGCGACAGAACGCUCAGCUCUGUGACGUUACACUGGAAGUUGGAGGUGAAACCAUAAAUGCACAUAAAGUCAUACUGGCUUCGGUUUCACCGUAUUUCUAUGCAAUGUUCAAUGACGACAUGCUGGAACGAAAUCGUGAUGUUGUCACCCUACACGACAUCGAUCCAUCGUCGCUGAAGCAACUCAUAGAAUAUGCGUACAGUGGAGAAAUCACCAUCACCGAGGAGAACGUACAGGUCCUUCUUCCAGCAUCCAGCUUGCUCCAGAUUCAAUCGGUUCGGGAAGCCUGCUGCAAGUUCCUGCUACGCCAGCUGCACCCAUCCAACUGUCUGGGGAUUCGAAGUUUCGCAGAUGCCCACUCGUGCAAGGAACUUCACUCACGUUCGCAUCGUUAUGCUCUGCAAAACUUUCAACAAGUUGUCGGAACGGAGGAAUUUUUAUUGCUAGGAUUUAAUGAGGUCCAAGAUCUCAUCUCCAACAGUCAGCUGAACAUCUGUUCCGAGGAGAAGGUAUUCAUGGCCGUUCUCAACUGGGUCAAGCACGACCUGAGCGAGCGUAAAAAGCACAUCUCGGAGCUGAUGUCCCACGUGCGGCUUCCACUGGUGAAUCGGGAAUUUCUGAUGUCCUGCGUCGAAACCGAGCCCCUGGUACGGGAAGAUUUCCACUGCAAGGAGCUCCUACUGGAAGCCAUGAAAUAUCACCUCCUGCCGGAGCAGAGAAGUUCGCUGGUGACUCAACGCACACUGGAGAGGCGUCCAGAGGGAAUGCGGCAGUACAUUUUUGCGGUAGGAGGCGGAAGUUUGUUUGCCAUUCACAACGAGUGCGAGUGCUAUAAUCCGAAGACGAACGCCUGGAUGACCAUUUCACCGAUGAGCUCCCGGAGAUCGCGGGCCGGUGUAACGGCCUUAAGGAAGUUGCUCUACGUCGUUGGAGGCUAUGACGGCGAAAACGAUCUGGCGUCGGCAGAAUGUUACAAUCCAUUGACCAACGAGUGGUGCAACAUAACUCCUAUGGGUACCAAGCGAUCGUGUCUGGGAACGUGUGCUUUCGAUGGACUCUUGUACGUAUGCGGAGGUUAUGAUGGUGCUUCCUGUUUGGCCAGCGUGGAACGGUAUGACCCGUUGACGGCGGUUUGGACUUCCUGUCCAGCGAUGAACACCAGGCGACGGUACUGUCGAGUUGCUGUUUUGGACAAUUGUAUCUACGCUCUGGGUGGCUUCGAUUCGAGCAACUAUCAAUCGUCAGUGGAGCGGUUCGACCCACGGGUUGGAAGUUGGACUGCGGUACCCAGUAUGACUUCGAGGCGAAGCAGCUGCGGAGUGGCAGCACUAGAUGGGUAUCUGUACUGCAUAGGUGGAAGCGAUGGAACCAUGUGUAUGCAAACGGGAGAAAGGUUCAAUCUGAGGGCCAACAGCUGGGAACCGAUCAGUGCGAUGCACUCUAGAAGAUCGACUCACGAAGUCGUGGAGGCCAAUGGCUAUCUGUACGCCCUGGGCGGAAACGAUGGUUCUUCUUCACUCAACUCCGUCGAACGCUACGAACCGAAGCUCAACAAAUGGACGAUCGUUACAUCGAUGCUUACGCGGCGUAGCUCGAUCGGUGCCUCAGUGCUGGAGUGCUUCAACCUGGAACGGGGUCUGCUGCAAACCAGCAUAUGACCGGUCACAGCCCAUCUGAGCGAACCGGUUGUAAGUGUAGCGGCUUGCACAACGACCACGGGAAGUGGGUCCCAGUGAGAACCCAGGGAGGUAAAUGUUGUAAAGGAAUCCAAAAGUCAAACAUAAAUUAGAAUUUGUAGUAAGCGCAGAAAACAGUUUUGUCGAAUAGGAAAUUUCCAAUUUGCUAGCUAGCCAAAGUAGAAAAUCUAUCGGUGUCGCCAUAGAGGCGGAUUCCAACACGGAUUUGAACAACGAUUUUUGGGGUUCGUGUGCGCUUGAUUGUGUGUGUGUAGCCUACCCACACUCACUUCUUCUUCUUCUUCUUCUUUAGCUUUAUUACGUCCCUACUGGGACUUAACGUCGACCCUCAAAACUUAGUGUUUUUUUAACACUUCCACAGCUGUUAAUUGAGAAUUUUCUAA